AUGAAAGGUCAGUGAUGCUGCCCCCCCCCACACAUACUGUGGAAGAUGUCUUGAUGACAUUAGAAGAGGGCUAUGGUCAUUUUGUCAGGGUUUGUCUAUUCAGGAACAGGUCUGUUUGAUUAUACAUCUGUCAGUGUAGGCCGAUGGAGCGUCUGCUAAUAAUGACGUAUUGUGUGAGGAUUCUCUUGUCACAACAGUUUAUUCACAUCUAUGAUAAUUGAUGAAUUCAAUAUGUGAGUCAUUUGUGAACUAUAGCCUGCAGUCUCUAUCUACUUCUGUCACUUCAGUUAUGGAAAUCAGGUGUUAGGAGAAUUUUGCUCAUUCAAGAUGAAACUCAAUGUUGUGUGUGUGUGUGUGUGUGUGUGUGUGUGUGUGUACACGUGUCUUCUCCAGGUGGUCCAUCCAGGUGGUCUUCGUCCCACUGUGACUGCAAGAGCCACAAGAGCGAGCGCGAGGGAGAGAGUGGCACUUCUUUGAACGAGCUCUCUACUUCCUGCUCCGAGACCCAAUCAGAAGCCAGCUCCCCUCAGGGCACCAUCAUCUGUGGGCCUGUCAGCCGACAGCCUCACCCCAUCGCCCAGACCCUGGACCGGCCACUGAAGAAAGGUGUGGGUGUACCUCUCCUCUUGUACCUCCUGUUUUGCGCCUUUCCCCUUGGGUGACCUUGGGUGACCUUGGGUGUUUUGAAAGGCGCCUGUCAAAUAAAAUCUCUUGUUCUUCUUCUCCUCCCACUCCUCCCUAAAGGUCCCGUUCAGCUGCUCCAGCCGUCGGAGGUGAGGAGGAAGACGGACCUGCUCCGGGUGAAGACCAUGGGGAUCAGGGAGCACAGGGAGGCUGCAGCCAAGAGGAAAGCCAACAAGGAGAAGUUAACACCGGAGCAGGAGCUGGAGAGGUGCAUCCAGGACUUCCACAGGAUCAGGAUUCCUGACCGCUUCCCGGAGAGGAAGUACAUGUGGCAACAAGAGCUGCUGAGGAAGUACCGUCUCUAA